UUCAUAUUUCUUUCUGUUUGCAAAUAAGAAGAAAUGCAUGUUUAUAUACAGGACAUAUUUAUCAAUCAAUUUGAUCCGGAAGACCAUAGGAUUCUCAUACUACAACCACCCUAUUGAAAUGGAGUUUAGGAUAGAACAACGAUACAUACUAGAGAGACAGAUCUGGAUACUCCAUGAAAACACAAGUAUGCUUUGCAUUUGCAUCCUUAUAGAGCUUGCAAGGAUGUCUAGGAGUUUAUCAGUUAUUAUAACACCAUUAUUAACCACUUUGUAAUAUACCAACAGAAUGAUUCCUCAUCUAGAGACAACUAGUGCAUUGACUAUUUUGGAAGAGAUGUUCUUGUCGUAUAGCUUGUCUGUUACUCGAAACUACGUUAGUUUAUUUUGUUGAUCUCUAAGCCCAUUUCCAUUUUCGCAUCACCAACUAAAUUAAAAACUCUUUUUCAUUACAAAAAGUAUAAACGGACCAAGUAAAUGGAAGAAGAUUUGUUUACACUAGAUGCGAAUAGGUAGAACCAUACAUCAUCGGUAUAUAUGUGCAUACACAUUCCAAAGUCUCUUGCCAUCUAAUUUCCAAGGUAGGUGUGGACAACUUCAAAGUAAACGCUCAGACAAAAAAGUCUUGUCUUAAAACUAAUUUCUAUUAGACUAUUAGUUAUGCUUUAAUUGACUUUGUAUUGCUUCUUUGGAUCUAUAUGCAAUUAUGUAAUGGUGCUCCUAUCCUCCUUCAACUGAGGCCAAUGUGAAUCAGGCCGGCCGCCCAUGGUACUUCCAUAUUCAAUUUAAAACUUUUCUGGUCAUAUGCUGCAAUGUUCCAUUUGCUUAAACAUGUUAGUAGAGAUUAACAAUUGUUAUGGAUUUUAUGCAACACCCUAGAAUUUUCAAUCCUGGUUCUGUCCCUGGACAAGAACAACUGUUAUCGUUAGAAAGCUUUGUCAUCACCAAAUUAUUGAACCUAUCUAUAUGUACAAAUGAAUAUACAGCUCAACAAUCUAAAUAUAGUCUAACUAUACGAAGUCAAUUAUUAUAGUUUAUUCAUAUUGUGUUGAAUCAUGGUGAAGCCUUUGACUGGCCAACUCUCAUUCAACGGUUUAUGGAGGUCCUAGAUGAAUUUUUCGGAAGAAUAUAUCAUCACACGUUAGGUAGGUGGCCAGAUUAAGAACAAUAGUAAUUCCACUAGUCGAUUAUGGUAUAGCCAUUGGCAGUUCCUCAGCCUUUGGUCAUUCACGUUCAGUGAGUAACUAUGGCAUGGUAUAAAGAUCCUCAGUUGUAUAUAUGCCGUGAAACGCCGGGGUUAAAACUAUACAGGAUGAAGGAGCCAAUUGGUACCCCCAUUGCGCUAUCAGGUAUAAUCGAUUACGGAUUCUUAGAUUACUCGAAACAUCUCUGUUUGGCAAAUAACAAAGAAAGUGAUUUUAAUGUUUUCUUAUCUUCCAUCAAGUUUGAUGGAGUGACUUUUAAGCUUAUAAAUUGUCAAGGCUGGGUGGUGUACCAGAUGGUCAGUAAUUACCACCACUUCACCUGGGCACGUGAACCACUAAGUUCGCCAUUUUAUAGGCUGCCUGGUAUUCAUACUCCUGAAGCAGUACUAUUGGCUGAGAAAGAAGCUCUUAAUAGAAAAGUUUCCAAGUUGACGGAACAAGUUUCCAGUUUGGCAGAACAAGUUUCCGAUCUGACUUCAAAACUUAAAGAGUGUCGUGGUGUUGGUAGUGGAUCAGCUGAUGAAAAACCAUGGAGGAGUGGUGAUAGUAGUAUUCCUAAUAAUUGGGUUCCUUUUGAGGAUCUUGAUAUUCAAAAUAUUCCGAGGAAUACUUUUUUGAAAAUCAUCAAAGCACCAGGUGCACUGAAAUUUGAGGGCGAUUAUACAACAAAUGUUCAAGCGAGCCGUUUCUAUGGAGGAAUAUCUCUAGUGGCUGUGAACAUUGAAGAGUUGAUUCCGGACAAAGAUGAAGCAAGAUUCCAUCCAGAUAUCUGGGGUUCGUAUAACAAUGCAGGAACAUCUUAUGCAACCCGUAAGCUACAUGAGUCCGAAAUGUAGAUUGACGUAUUUAAGACAUGUUGAUCUGCUUUCUGAUCAGUGGCUCGAAGCGACGGUUAAAAGAUGUUCAUCAUUUUGUUGUUCUAAGUAGUGGCCUUCGGAGUUUAUUUAUAUCAGACUUGUAUUCUUUUUCUUAUUUGUGUUUGAUUUUGUUUCCAGUUUGGCAGAACAAGUUUCUUCAAUGGCAGGAGAUUGUAAUGUCUAUAUUCAUUUGAGUUGGUAGGAGAUUGUAAUGUCUAUUCAGAUUUCAGACUUAUAUAAAGAUGCUCUUGCGUAUCUUCAA